AUGGCUUAUGAGGGUUACAGCUCCAAGUACUUGGCCGGAUGGGUCCUACAAAGCGUCAGCAUACCCUUCGUACACGUGGGGGCGGCGUCCGUCUUCCUCUCUCUCUUCUACCUCACCCGGGUCCUCGCCCGUCCCCCGUCCGACGAGACAUCCAGGGGGCUCCGUGAGGGGCAGAAGUGGGCUAUCGGCGCCUUCGUCUGGGUGUGCCUGGCCAGCAUCACCUCCAUGGGCCUCUCCAUCAGCCUUUGGGCUCCGCGGGCUGUGGGCCUUGAUUACUUCACCUCGUCCUACGCCGCCCGCAGCCUGGCCAGCUUCGUUUUCGACAUAGCACUCUACGUAACAGACCUGAUCUGCGCCAUUAGCGUCCUGGUUUACAUUGUCAAGGCCCGCAAGAAACUCCUUGGUACCCCGCUGCAAAAGGCCUCGAACAACCUGCUCGCAUGCGGAAUUCUCUGGCUAAUCCACGUCGUGUGGCUGGUGUUGUUCAUUCUCUUGACCAACUUGGCAUAUUAUGCCUACACUGGCGAGCCGUUGGGGUGCUUCUUAAUCAUCCUCGACGUCUUGCUCGACAUCUAUCUGACGUUUGUUGUCCUCGUACUCCUGUAUGUGCUGGUAGCCAAGGACAAGUAUGCCGUGUGGCAGCCCCAAGAGCAGGAGCAGAAGCAGGAGCAGCCUGUUGUCUAG